GUAAAUCACCCCUGGCUGAAAGAAACUUUCUCGAAAAAUCAAAAGAAAUUAUCUUUCAUAGUUUUCUUCCAAUUUCCCAGUGAUUUCUCAGAGUUUUCACUUUGAAUUCAUCCCCAAAAGGGUGCCAAUGGUGUGCUCGUGGUGAAGGAACUGGAGAAAAACUUUUCACUUAAAGUGCGGGAAAACAAAAGAAAAUUCUUUGCUUGGGGCCGUCAAGGCAAAAGAAGAAAAAAGAUUCUUGGACGUUGCAACGAAAGGAAUUUCCUGAACAAUUUCCUGUGUGGUGAGACACGGAGGGAAGGUAGAGAGAGAGAGCAGGAAAGGUGGUUGUGGCUUUGCUUGCCCCAGAAAAGCAGGAAAUGUUUAACUAUGGCAACAUGAUGACGGAUUUUCGGAAAGUAGAAUCCUCCUACUCACCAAAGUCCUCCUCACCGCGCGGCGGUAGAUCCCAGGAUUCCUCCGGGACGCUCAAGACGACCAUUUCGCUGGGGAAGAACCCCUCAAUUGUCCACAGUGGGCCCUUCUACCUCAUGAAGGAGCCGCCGAGUGAGUGUGGUGUCACGGGGGCCACGAAUCUCAUGUCCUACAACAAUCUCGAGCAUUCAUACAGCAAGUACAGCGGGAAGAAGGUCAAGGAGCAACUUUCAUCCUUCCUGCCGAAUCUUCCGGGGGUCAUUGAUGGCCCUGGGCAGCAGGAUGGCAGCUCACUGCGGAGUGUCAUUGAUAAGCCCCCAAUUGUCGGGAAGGAACUCCUUUCACUCACAAGUGUCCAAUUGGCGGGCUUCCGCCUACAUCCGGGUCCCCUUCCCGAGCACUACAGAUACUUGAACACAGCUCCCGCCAAGAAGCACAAGAACAAACACAAGAAGCACAAGCACAAAGAUGGUGUAGCACCACAAGAAUCCGUCGUUGAUGCAACUGGACUCGAUACUCACGAGAAGAAGCACAAGAAGCAGAAGCGGCAUGAGGAUGACAAGGAGCGGAAGAAGCGCAAAAAGGAGAAGAAACGCAAAAAACAGCGACACAGUCCGGAACAUCCGGGUGGCUCAAUCCCCCCUCAGACGCAGAUCUUCUAGAAGAAAAAAGGAGAUCCUUCAUUGUGCAACCCGAGAGAGCCUCCCGCCCACACACUUCCAACAAUUUUGUCGCUCUCAAUGUAGCCUCCACUUCCCUCCUCCUCCUCCUCCUUCCUCCCCACAAAACACGCGUAUUAUUUAUAAGAUGAAAUGGACAUCGUAUUUAAUGCAAUUUCCCCCCUAAAAUUAGGCUUAAGGAGACAUUUUAAAGAAAAUAAAUAAAAUUAGAGAAUUAUAAACACAAAUAAAAUAGAAAAUCUAUUUGUAAUUCCAAGAAAA